CUUCCCCCAGCAUGAAAUUCACUAAGAUCAUCCUCUUAAAGUAGCCUCUUCUGCUUCCCGACUGAGCGGCAGGGACGCUAACCCACCCCACCUCCCCUGUACUGAGAUCAAGUUAGUGCUGGGGGUCUGGGAGCUUCUGCAAUUAUAUAUUAACCACUGCCCGGGGGUUAGCUCACAACAGAAGAGGCAUCCGAACAAAAAGCAGAUGUUUCUGGGAGAAGUGGCUUCUUCUGGUGCCAUGGGAGGAUCUACUAUCUACCUGCUGGCUGUGUUUGCAUUCAGCUUAUCAGCCCUGUCUCACGGCCAGCCGCUAUGCACGGUGAUCACCCCAAGCGUCCUGCGUGUGGAGAGCGAAGAGAUGGUGAUUGUGGAAGCUCAUGGCCACCACAGCCCGAUCGAGGCGAGGAUCACCGUGUACGACUUCCCACAGAAGAAGAGUGCCUUGGUUUCAACCACAGUCAGCCUGAACCCUGGGAACGGCAUGAUGAACUCUGCCAAAAUUAAGGUUCCUGCUCAGCUACUGCCAAAGGAUGCCCAGAAGAAGGAAUAUGUCUACAUCGAAGCCAAGAGCAGCCUGUUCACCUUAGAGAAGGUGGUUCUGCUUUCAUUCCACAGCGGCUACAUCUUCAUCCAGACGGAUAAGACCAUCUACACGCCUGGGUCUACAGUGAGGUACCGGCUUUUCACUGUGGGUCACAUGUUGGACCCCAUCUUGAAGGUGGUAUCUGUGGAGCUCAUGAAUCCAGAUGGGAUUAUUGUAGAGAAGAAUACGGUGUCCUCCAUGGACCAAGGCGGCAUCGUCUCCAGGAGCUACAAGAUCCCUGAUAUUGUGAAGUAA